CAAACAAAAAUGUCGUUGCCAGCGAACCUGCAGCCUGACGAGGCAAGCCCAUAUUGGUUAAACAAAGGCGACAACGCAUGGCAACUGACGGCUGCAACUCUUGUGGGACUUCAAAGUGUGCCAGGGUUGGUCAUUUUGUACGGAAGCAUAGUGAAAAAGAAAUGGGCAGUGAACUCGGCGUUCAUGGCGCUUUACGCUUUUGCAGCUGUGCUAGUUUGUUGGGUUGGGUGGGGAUAUCAGAUGUCAUUUGGAAAGAAGUUCAUUCAUUUCAUGGGGAGGCCUGAUGUUAAAUCUUUGAAUGAGAAGUUUCUUUUAGAGCAAGCGUUUAUGGGCUACUUGCCGAAUGCAACUAUGAUUUAUUUCCAGUUUGUGUUUGCUGCUAUUACUUUGAUCCUCAUCGCCGGGGCGUUGCUCGGUCGAAUGAACUUUCAUGCAUGGAUGUUGUUUGUGCUGCUUUGGGUUACAUUUUCUUACACCAUUGGUGCUUAUAGUUUAUGGUGCCCAGAUGGCUGGUUGGCUAAGAAAGGAAUUAUUGAUUAUUCAGGAGGUUAUGUGAUUCAUUUGUCUUCUGGUGUUGCUGGGUUCACUGCAGCUUACUGGGUCGGGCCUAGGGCCAACAAAGACAGAGAAAGGUUCCCACCAAAUAACAUUCUUCUGAUGUUGGCAGGAGCAGGUCUACUAUGGAUGGGAUGGACAGGAUUCAACGGAGGUGAUCCUUACACUGUCAGCACAGAUGCAUCUCUUGCCGUUCUUAACACCGACGUUUGCACUGCAACCAGCUUGCUCACUUGGCUCUUCCUUGACAUUCUUUUCUUUGGAAAGCCUUCUGUCAUCGGUGCCACGCAGGGUAUGAUCACAGGCCUAGUCUGCAUCACCCCCGCCGCAGGAGUUGUACAAGGAUGGGCAGCCAUCAUAAUGGGAUUUCUGUCAGGCAGCAUUCCAUGGUACACAAUGAUGGUACUUCACAAGAAAAGUUGGUUGCUUAAGCAAGUAGAUGACACCAUGGCAGUAUUCCACACCCACGCAGUUGCCGGCAGCCUCGGGGGAAUCCUCACCGGCUUCUUCGCAAACCCAAAACUGUGUCGUCUAUUCUAUUUGGUAGAUGACUGGCAACAUUACAUAGGGUUAUUUUACGGUCUCGAAAGCGGGCAUCACACGGCAGGGUUUAAGCAAAUAGGCAUACAAUUGCUAGGGAUUGUGUUUGUGAUUGGUCUGAAUGUGGUGGUUACAAGUUUGAUAUGUUUGUUAAUCAGGUUGGUGGUUCCAUUGAGAUUGACUGAUGAAGAGUUGCAGAUUGGAGAUGAUGCAAUCCAUGGAGAGGAAGCAUAUGCAUUGUGGGGAGAUGGGGAGAAAUAUGAGUCCAGGAUUAACUCAUUUUAUGGCGGUGAAGAUUUCCCAACCGCGCCAAAGGGUGAGGUUCAGAUGGCUUGA